ACCAUAUUGAAGCUUGAUAAUUUUAGGAGUUCUUAGUGUUCAUUCCAAUUUCUGUGAUUUGUGCUUAAUACAUUUUUUAUCAAGUAUUUAUAUUGAUCGAUCAAAAUACUUUAAAUUAAUUUGAUUGAUCUUUUAACGUUGGAAACUUUUUAAAUCUUCAAUUAUUUUAAUUAUAAUGGUUUUACAACGGUUAACCUCAGCAUCGACGAAAGUGCAAAUUUUGAGUGGACUUAAGAGUAUGAAUAAAAAAAUAUUUCGUUCAAAAAUCACUACACCAUCGGGUGCUAUACUUCCUGAACCGAAACGAACCCCAUUUGGUUAUUUACGUGUAGUAGGCGGAAUAUUAUUAGGAUUGAUUGUAGGUGCUUCUCUUAGUAAAAAGAUGGCUAAUUUUCUAGAAGAAAAUGAUCUCUUCGUCCCAUCAGAUGAUGAUGACGAUGAUGAUUAAAAAGUAGAUUAAAACUGAUGUGUUAGUUGUUGACAAAUAAUCUCGAGAGAAUUCAAAGAAUAUUAAUAUUGUAUUGAUUAAAAAAAAGAAAAA